AUGUAUUAUCUAAAUUAAGAGGUUUUGCGGAGUAGAUAUCACCAAUUUACAUAAUUCAAUAUUCUCGACCAACUUGAACCUAUCUAUCAAUCUCUUAAGGUAAUUAGAUAUAUUUAGUAUUAAAAAAGUUCUCUUUAGAGUCCAGAGAUAGAAACACUUUCUUUUAGGAAAAAGUGCAACAAUAACCAGAUUGCUUCUAAGUUAAUCCUAUUUAUGGAUUUUCAUAAUAAGCAAAUGAAAUAUAUAGUAGUUAUGGACAACCAACUUAAAUUUGCUUCUAUAUGCAUCGUCAAAAGAGAUAUCUAAUGAUUGGCACUCAAUAAUCAGUGAUUAUAUGCAUUGAAGUUGUAAAUGGAAGAGUAGAAUCAAUCUAAGCUAUACUUAAUGCAGGUGAACGAUAAUCAAGAUAUGGCUCUGUAUUAGCAAUUUAAUGUUGGGAGAAAUAUAUGUUAGUUGGUUUUGAAAGAGGAGACAUUCAAUUAUAUGAAGUAGGUAGGAAAUGGGAACGUUUACAUCAUGAAUCCAAAUUACAUUCUGGUAAAGUAAUGUAAGUGUUAUUCAUACCAUCUUCUACUAUUGAAGCACUCUCUUUAGAUGAAAAUGGAGUAAUUUAUAAACAUGCAUUUACAGUAAUGACAGUCAUGGAUAAAUAUAUUGUUAGUCAUUCAAAAGAUAAAAUCUAUAAGAAUGGCAAAAUCUAUCAUAUUAAAAGAAGCACUUAAUAACCAAAAUAAAAGUAAUCUUCUUGGUGGGAUAAUGCAAAAAGUAUAUUUAAAAAAGAAGAGGAAGUUAAUGAAUAUAUAGAUCCCUCUGUUAAACAUUCAAGUGAUACAGAUGGAUAAUUAACUAAGUUUGCUUUGGAUAUUAAAUUAAUGCCUGAAAUUAUGACUUAAUAACUCAAUUAAAAUAUAUAAUAAGUAGUAAUUGUUGCUGUAUUAUAUUCUAAUCGUGUUGAAAUACUUAAAUUCUAUAAAGGUAUUAUAAUAUUUAUUAAUUUAGGUUCAUUAAAAUGUGAAAUAGUAUAUACUCUUAAAAGAAACACUUUUUCAAUUGAUCUUCCAUAAUAAGAUAAUACAGAAAGUGGAGAAUUAUCAUGGGGUGAAGGAUACUUUGAAAAAUCUUAUUAAAAUGCUAAAUUAUUAUGUAUAAGAUGGGGUGAUAUAUUUCAUUUAGUGAAAUGUAUGAAUAUAGAAGAUGAACUUGAAAUUGUUGAGGGGUAAUAUAAUUAAAUUAUUUAUUAAGUGCUGUUUAUAAGAUGUAAAAAGAGAAAGGUAAUAUAAUAAAGAGUUCAUUUUUAACAAAUAAUAUCAUUUAUGCAUUUUCAGAUUCAAAUUGGGUUGCUUUGAUUCAUACAACUUAAUUUUAAUUUGCCAAAUAAGAUGAUGGAAUAGUGAUAUUGGAAUCAAAAACUAGAAUGUUAUCUAAAGAAGAGAUAGAGCCAUAGGUAGCUGAAAUUAGUGUUUCAUAUGAAGGGCCAAAUAUACCUUGUUAAGUGUAAAUAUAUGAAAAUGGAAUUGUAUCAUUAAGGAAAAAUAAUAUUUUAAUAGAAAGAUUAUAAACUUGGAGUGAAUAUUUAGAAGAUUUGAUUGAGAAGAAUUAAUGGGAAAAAGCUAUGCAUUAAGGUAUGCUUAUCUAUUAAGGAUAAAUUAAAAUACUUAGUGAAAUUGCAUCAUCUCUAUCAGCACGUUAAGAAUAAAUGAGUCAAAUGUUUUAGAAGAUUGCUUUUACACAUAUUAUGUUUGCACUUAAACCAUUAGAUAUCCCAUUAUCUUAAUUAGAAAAAGAAAAUAAAAUAAAAAAAACUAUUGAAUUUCUCUUAAGAGUAGAUAACAUGACUUAUGCUUUAGUUGUAUUAAAAGAUUUCUUUAAAGAUAUAUAAUAAAUGAAAUUAUAUUUCACUUGUUUAGAUCCCUUCAUAAAAAAUAAAUAAAUUGCUGUCAUUCCUGAAUCAUUCUUUGUAGAUUAUGUUAAUUUUUAUUAAAAUGACAAAGAAAUGAUAUAAUAAUUAAUAUUACAAUUAGAUUUACAUCAAUAAGAACCAACUCUACUUAUUAAGGUGUGUAUGGAUUAUCAUUUAUAUAAAGCUAUGAUAUAUUUAUGUACAAAAUAGGGAGAUUUCAUUACUGGAUUAAUGAAAUUAAUGGAUCUUUGGGAAAAUAAAUAUUAAUCAGAAUAGAAAGAACAAUGUCAUAUUGAAAAAGAGAAGUUAAGAAAAUUCAGAAUUAAAUUAGGAUAUAAUAUUUUGGCAUAUGUUCGUAUGUGUGUAAAAGGUAUCAAUAUAUUGGGAGAACGUGUACCACAUAAUAUUUAUUUUGAUAUGUUAAGAGGAUUAGUUUCAUUCAUUUUUAAUACAGAAAAUCUUAAACUAUUCAUACUUAUUGAUAUUCGUCUAUCACUUUAAUUACUUUUGUAAUUCAUGCAACAUCACAUUUAUACUAAUAUCAAAUUAGUUACACUACCUGAAAUUAAAUUUCAAAUUAUUAAUCAUGUUCCUGAAAUAUUGAAAUUGAUGCUUAGUUCCAUUGAAAAUACUAGGGAAGACAUCAAAAUUCAAGAACAUUAUCAACUUAUUUAUAAUGAAAAGACAUAACAAUAUCAUUAAAUAAACCUUACUGAAUAACUUAAUUAUUUUUUGUUAUUCUACUCUGAAUUACUAAUUCAAUUCCCAUUGUAAUUUACUAAAUAGUUUAAAGAGAAAUUGUUUCUAGAUCUUCUGUCUCCAUCCUAUUUUGAAACCUUGAAACAAUAUAAUUACAAUAAUUAAGAAACUGAUCCUAUCUACUUAGAAUCCUAUGAAGUCAAUAAAAAUGCCUAUCUAAUUCACAUGUAUGACACUAGUCAAAUAAAUGAUAUUUCCCUUGUUUUUAAUGGAAGUAUUCCUUAUCCUGAAUUCCAUGCUUUUCUUAUAUAUAAACAAAAUGAUUAUAUUACUUGCAUUUCUAAUUACUUUUAAAUGCAAAAUAGUAUGAUGAAGAGAAAUGUUUUUGAAGUAAUUGAAAGACUUUUGAUGUAUUCUAAUUCAUAAUUAUUAAUGUAAUUAUAAGAAUUUAUAAUUGAGAAUUGUAAUACAUUAAUGAACAUUAGUUAAUAGUAUACAAAUAGAAUUUUCAAAGAAUAUUUUCAUGAUCUCAAAUUAUAAAUGUAAAUCAUUCAAAAAUUAGAAAAAACACCUGAAAAUUAAUUGCAUUACCUUAAAUAAUACAUAAAAAAUGAAAAGGCAUCUGAUUCUAUCAGAUUACUCUAUCUUGAACUCUUAUGUUAAAGAUCCCCUAAAGAAGUUUUGAAGAAUGUUUAAAAUGGAGACUUUCCUUUAGAUGAUGCUAUGGCUAUCUGUGAGAAAUAUAAAGUAUAUAAUGCUGCUGCUUAUUUACUUCAAAAGAAUGGAGCAAUCUAGAAAGCUCUAGAUAUGUUAACAUUACUCUUUAUCAAUAGAUUAAAAGAUUGUCAUAAAUCAUUUGCUAGAUCAAAAACAAUUUCAGAAAUUGAUUAAGAAGAGAUUUUUGAGAAAUUGAAUUACAUAAUUGAUCUCUGCUCAAAAAUUGAAGAUGAUGGAUAUUGGUUUUAAUUUUUAGACUCAUUUUUUAAAUAACAUAAACUAGAAUAAUUAACUGAUCUUAAAGUUCCUGAAUCCUUAAGAAAAUUACAUGGAGACAUUGUAUCUGAAGUAUUCUUAGCCAUGUCUAAAUGUAUUGAAUUAGAUAGGCUCUUGAAUGUAAAAUUUUUAUAAUAUUCUAUCUCUAGAAAAUGAAUUAACAUUAUGGUUCUAUUCCAUUAAGAGUUUUUCUUAAGACCAACAAAUCCAUAUAAGAAAAAUUUGCUUUUGAAUUACCUUCCUACAAUAUUGCUAUGCAACAAACUGAUAUUACUUACAAAACCUUAAACUAAAAACUCUUCCAAUAAAUGAAUUAAGGAGUUUGUGUUGAUAGAUUUUGUGGAGAAUGCAAUGAUCGAAUCACUAAAUGUACAAAAGCUGUUGCAUUUUAAUGUGGACACAGUUACCAUUAAGAAUGUUAUAUUGAACUUCAUGGCAAUAAUUAGAAGAGUUUUAAUAGUUUGAAAUUGAAAAAUUAAAAAGUGUUUUAGGAAUGCUUUAUAUGUUUAGACAAUAAUGAAAAAUACAGUACUUAAAUUAUAUAUAAUAUCAUUCUAGUUUCCCAUUUGAUUGUUUAAGCUAGUUUGAAAAGGUUAAAAUUUGAUUUUGAUAAAUAUUUACACAAACAAGCUAAUGUGGUACCUGAAUCAAAAUAAGUUAUUGUACAAUAUGAUAAAAUAGAGUAAAGAGAAAAAGCUAUAAAGAAAUUGAAAUAAGAUGACUUUAAUAAAUUGUAUAUAAGAGAGGUACUUUUAUUAAAUUCAUAUAUAUAUAGUCUUCAUUAAAUUGGAAGAAUUGGUGA